AUGGAGGAUUUUGAGGUUUCUUCUCAGGAUGGCCUCUCCAUCUCCAAUCACCACGAGGACAAUCUACCACCGGUCGAUAGAGGCAAAGGUGCCUACCUGUUCCUCACCGCCUGCUUUAUGCUCGAGGCUUUGAUCUGGGGAUUCACUUUCUCCUAUGGAGUGUUCCAAGAUUACUACAGCUCUCAUGAGCCAUUCAAGAGCUCAGGAGACAUCGCUGUCAUUGGCACCUGUGCAAUGGCAUUUCCCCGCAUGAAGCUAUGGGCGGCGCCAAUCGGCUUCCUUAUUAUGUGUCUAGCCAUCGCCAUGAGCUCAUUUGCCACCAACACCGGCCAGCUCAUUGUAUCGCAGGGAGUCGCAUAUGGCAUCGGAGCCAGUCUGGCAUAUGCCCCGACCAUCAUUUUCAUGGAUGAGUGGUUUGUGCAGAGAAAGGGAUUGGCAUUUGGGAUUAUGUGGGCUGGCACUGGCUUGUCGGGCGUCAUUCUCCCGAUCGUUAUGCAAUGGCUCCUCAACACCUAUGGCCACGAAACCGCUCUGCGUGUCUGGGCAAUCGUCCUCGUAAUAAUGGGCGGACCACUUCUUUUCUACGUUCGGCCCCGUCUCCCAAUCUCCCGAUCAUCUCGUACUCGUCCAUUUGAUUUCCGAUUCCUCUGGGAUGCAACCUUCUUGAUCUACGAAACGGGCAAUAUUCUUGAAGCGAUGGGCUACUUCCUCCCAACCAUCUAUUUGCCCACAUACGCCCGAAGCUUAGGCGCAAACAAUCUCCAGGCGACACUAACAGUCAUGCUGUUCAAUCUUGCAUCUGUGUUUGGCUGCGUGAUUAUGGGCUCAAUGGUCGAUCGAUACCACGCGACAACCUGCAUCCUCUUGUCCACGGUCGGGAGUACCAUUGCCGUGUUCUUGAUCUGGGGAUUCUCCGUCAGCCUCGCACCAUUGUAUAUUUUCUGCGUUUUCUACGGUCUAUUUGCUGGCUCGUUCACAUCUACCUGGCCGGCUGUUGUGAACGAGAUUAGAAAGAAGAGUCCUUAUGUGGAACCUAGCAUUGUUUUCGGUGUUCUGUCGACUGGCCGAGGGAUUGGAAAUAUUGUCAGUGGUCCGCUCAGUGAGGCUUUGCUUGAUCAGAAUGCUUGGAAGGGCAUUGCUGCGAAGGCUUAUGGUUCUGGCUAUGGUCCUUUGAUUGUUUUCACUGGUGUUUCUGCGUUUCUGGGUGGACUUGGUGUUGUUGCGAGAUCGUCCAAGCGCUUGAGUUGA